UACUUGAAGGCAGCAGGCUGCAAAGUGUAGGAGCGGUGAUUGAGUCUGGGAGCAGAGCCGCGGAGGUGACGACGGCCAUCUUAGACCUUCGCUCAUCUUCUGGAUUUUAUUUGUCUUAUUUUGUAAAAAAAACACAAACUGACUGACGAAGGAAAAAAGAAGACCCCGUCUUUUACGUCGCCGCGGUUGAACUCAAAGUCGAGAUGCGGUUCCGAGGCAACACACGAUUUGCAUCCGCUGUCGGACUGCUCUUCGGACUAUUAUGUGCGGUGGAAGCAGCCAAAGUCAAUAAGCACAAACCAUGGAUUGAGACGACAUACCACGGGAUUGUAACCGAAAACGAUGACAAAGUGUUACUGGACCCCCCCCUCAUCGCCCUGGAUAAGGACGCUCCUCUACGAUACGCAGAGAGUUUUGAGGUGACCCUCACUGAAGAAGGUGAGAUUUGCGGCUUCAGGAUCCACGGGCAGAAUGUCCCCUUUGAAGCAGUGGUCCUGGACAAGUCCACUGGUGAGGGCGUCAUCCGGGCAAAGGACAAGCUGGACUGUGAGCUGCAGAAGGAGCACACCUUCACCAUCCAAGCAUAUGAUUGUGGAGAGGGUCCUGAUGGUACCAACAUGAAGAAGUCUCACAAAGCCACUGUUCACAUCCAAGUGAACGACAUCAACGAGUACUCGCCUGUGUUCAAGGAGAAGUCCUACAAAGCCACAGUCAUUGAGGGGAAGAAGUACGACAGCAUCUUGAAGGUGGAGGCUGUGGACGCCGACUGCUCCUUCCAGUUCAGUCAAAUUUGCAACUACGAGAUUGUCACUCCUGACGUGCCCUUCACCAUCGACAAAGACGGUUUUAUCAGGAACACGGAGAAACUGAGCUACGGCAAAGAACACAUGUAUAAGCUGACUGUGACGGCCUACGACUGUGGGAAGAACCGUGCCUCUGAGGAUGUGCUGGUCAAGAUCAGCAUCAAACCCACCUGCAAACCCAGCUGGCAAGGUUUCAAUAAGAGGACUGAGUAUGAGCCUGGCACGGGAAGCCUGGCCCUUUUCCCCAGCAUGCACUUGGAGACAUGCGAUGAGCCAAUCACAUCCAUCAGAGCCACUAUUGAACUGGAAACCAACCACAUCGGAAAGGGCUGCGACCGCGAUACUUAUUCUGAGAAAUCCCUACACAAGCUCUGUGGAGCCAGCUCUGGCACCGUGGAGCUCCUUCCUGCACCGAGCAGCUCAGUCAACUGGACUGUCGGCCUGCCCACUGACAACGGACACGACAGCGACCAAGUGUUUGAGUUCAAUGGAACCCAGGCCAUCAAAGUCCCCGAGGGUCUAGUGAGCACCAGCCUGAAGGAGCCCUUCACCAUCUCUGUGUGGAUGAGACACGGCCCCGGAGCCCACGAGAAGGAGACCAUCCUCUGCAACUCUGACAAGUCAGUGUUGAACAGACAUCACUACUCUCUCUACGUCCACAACUGCAGACUCAUCCUCCUGCUACGUCAAGAUGCUUCAGAGGCUGAGAACUACAAACCGGCCGAGUUUCACUGGAAGCUGGACCAGGUGUGUGACAAAGAGUGGCAUCAUUAUGUGUUGAAUGUGGAGUUCCCCACCAUGUCUCUGUUCGUGGACGGAACCACAUUCGAGCCAUUCCUGGUGACGGAGGACUACCCACUGCACGCCUCCAGGAUUUCAACACAGCUCACCAUCGGUGCCUGCUGGCAAGAAAACUCUGGACAUGACAAUGACACUGAGACAGGCCCUGAGCCCACCUCAGGUGGAUACGGUCACAUGGCUCAGUUUUUCAGAGGAAACCUAGCAGGGCUGAUGAUCCGCUCCGGUAAAGUGGAGAACAAGAAAGUGAUCGACUGUUUGUACACUUGCAAGGAGGGACUGGACGUGCAGCUGCCAGAGGAGGUAGCUUCAGCUGUCAAGGUGGAGUUCAACCCUAACCAGUCCUCUCUGACUGUUGAAGGCAAUGACAUUGGUGCUUUUGACAAGGUCAUGCAGCACAUCUCGUACCUCAACUCUCGUCAGUUCCCCACUCCUGGCAUCAGGCAUCUUCGCAUCUCCACAACUGCCAAAUGUUUCAAUGACGAGUCCUGCGUCACGGUGCCAGACACUGAUGGCUACGUGAUGGUGCUGCAGCCCGAAGAACCCAAGAUCAGUCUGAGUGGAAUCGACCACUUUGCCCGCAGCGCCGCCGAGUUCGAGAGCCAGGAAGGUGUGAUGCUGUUCCCUGAGCUGCGUAUCGUCAGCACCAUCACCCGUGAGGUGGAAGCUGAUGCCGAGGCUGAGGCCACAGAGGAAGCAGAUGAUGAUCCCACCGUUCAAGAGACAGUGGUGUCAGAGGAGAUCAUGCACAACCUGGACACGUGUGAAGUCACUGUGGUAGGAGACGAGCUGGACGGAGAGCACGAGGGCCUGGAGGUGGACGUGACCCACCUGCAGCAGCGUGGUCUGGAGAUGAGCUCUUCUAAUCUGGGCCUGGUCAUCACAGGUGUCAACACCAUGGCCAACUACGAGCAGGUCCUGCACCUCAUCCGCUACAAGAACUGGCACACUGAGGCGCUGUUUGACAGGAAAUUCAAACUGGUCUGCUCUGAGCUUAAUGGCCGCUACAUCAGCAACGAGUUCAAGGUGGAGGUGAAUGUCAUCCACACAGCCAACCCCGUGGAACAUGCCAACAAUGCCAUGGUGCAGCCCAACUUUAUUAACCCUGUCCAUCACGCCUCUGUGGAUCUGUCUGGACACAACCUGGCAAACGCUCACCAGGCCUCAGUGGUACCCAGCGCUGCCACCAUCGUCAUUGUGGUGUGUGUGAGUUUCCUGGUGUUCAUGAUCAUCUUGGGUGUUUUCCGCAUCCGUGCUGCUCACCAACAAACCAUGAGAGACCAGGAGAGCGGCAAAGAGAACGAGAUGGACUGGGACGACUCAGCCCUGACCAUCACUGUCAACCCCAUGGAGACAUACGAGGACCAGCACAGCAGUGAGGAAGAGGAGGAAGAGGAGGAGGAAGAGAGCGAGGACGGCGAGGAGGAAGACGACAUCACCAGCGCUGAGUCAGAGAGCAGCGAAGAAGAGGAGAGCGGGGAGCCAGAGGACCAGCAGGGGGCGAGCAGACAGCAGCAGCUGGAGUGGGACGACUCCACCCUCACCUACUGAAACACAUGACGCACACACACACACACAUCUACACACGUCACCAACUAUACACACUUAUGUCACUCCCUCAUCCCCAGAAUAUCAUGUUUAAGAAUCCAGGAUGUUAAACAAAAAAAACUAUAUAAAAAAAAAGCCUCCGUUCAGCAUCAUGAUUUCCUGUUGUUCUCUUCGUGGUGGUACUCGGUGUAGUGUAGUCAUCAUCCGAUUGCUGAUCUUCACUCUUUAUUUUUUUAUUUAUUCUAUUUGAAUUCCAAGGGCAUACAUUUGUUUG